AUGAAAAAACUCUUGGCCGAAGUGGAUGAGUUUUACGCCAAGGGGUCUGGUUGGACCUUGCACAAAAUCCUCCACCUCGAGUUACGAAUUAAUCGUUACGUUCCACUCAGAGGCUCCAGUUACAUGGAACUACACGAAAAGAUUUCAGCUAAGAAAGCAAUCGUAAACAUAAUGAACAACGAUCAGAAAUGUUUUGUGUGGUCAAUCUUAGCCGCGUUGCAUCCCAAGGAGUGGCAAGCGCAGCCCCAGCGUAUACACCACUAUCAACCUUUCGAGCACGAGCUAGACGCCUACCUGGACGGCAUCACUUUUCCUGUGAGUCUCGAUAACGUCAAGUUGUUUGAAAAGCGAUCUGGAAUAUCCGUCAACGUGUACGCGUAUGAUAAGAAACUUUUCGUCUAUCCGCUGUACGUGACACGAGAAGAAAAAGACACACACGUUGACUUGCUGUAUAUUAGAGAUCAAAACAACUCUCACUACUGCCUCAUCAAAGAUCUCAGCCGAUUAGUACGUUCACAACUUUCAAAGCACACGACUAGAACCUGGCUCUGCAAGCGCUGCCUCAUGCAUUACGGUACCGAGGAACUACUGAUCAAACACAAAGAAGACUGCAGCGAACACGAGGCGGUGAAAAUACUGACACCGAAAGAAGGCUCCACAAUUCAGUUUAAGGACUUCAAACACGCGAUGAGAGUUCCGUUCGUGGCUUACGCUGACUUUGAGUGUAUGCUGACUCCCGUAGCCAGCAGCAGCCGGGAUCCCGAUGCACGAAGUUCUUACACUGAAAAGUACCAGAAACACGAAGCGGUUAGUUUCUCGUACUACUUCGUGUACUCUGACGGUGAUUACGAACCGCCCACAACGUAUUUCGGAACUGACGCUGCACAAGUGUUCGUGGAAAGCAUCAUGAACGAUGCCAGGGAAAUAUUCCAACUUUACUCAAGAGCUGCUGCUGUACCGAUGGAGCUGACUCAAGACGAUUUACAUGCAAUAGCCAACGCUCGGCAGUGUCACAUCUGUUGCAAGUCAUUCAACGAUCCCAACGAUUACGAAGUUCGCGAUCACGACCAUCUGACGGGGAAAUUCAGAGGUAUGGCACACAACUCUUGCAACCUCAACUUCAAGAAACCACACUUCCUGCCGGUGUUUGUCCAUAACCUGAGCGGAUACGACACCCACCUGUUUAUCAAGAUGUUUGGCCUCAACAACGAGACCAUCGAGGUAAUCCCCAACAACGAGGAACGUUACAUCUCCUACACCAUCGAGGUUAGGCGUGGAGUGAAAAUACGGUUCCUGGACUCGUUGAAAUUCAUGGCAAGCAGUCUAGACAAGUUGGCUAAGAACCUGUCUCCCGAUAAAUUUAAAAACAUUUCCAAAUUCUAUGACGGAGAGAAACUUGAAUUGUUACUUAAAAAGGGUGUCUAUCCCUACGAUUACAUGGACAGCAUUGAGAAGUUUGAACGUUCGUCCCUGCCCGCGCAGAACGACUUUUACAACAAGCUGAACGAUGCUCACGUAAAGCCCGAAGACUACCGACAUGCGGUCAACGUUUGGAAUACGUUCAACGUACAGAACAUGAAAGACUACACACUGUUGUACAACAAGACGGACGUACUCUUGCUGGCGGAUAUUAUGGAGAACUUUCGCGACGUUUGCAUGCAGACGUACCAGCUCGACCCAGCCUGGUACUAUACGGCUCCCGGACUCGCGUGGAGUGCGAUGCUCAAGACCACCGGCAUAAAACUCGACCUUCUCAGUGACUACAACAUGAUCCUGAUGAUCGGCAAGGGCAUUCGUGGCGGAGUGUCACAGUGCUCUAACCGGUACGCCGCAGCCAACAACCCUUAUAUGGAAGCAGAAUUCAAUGUGGACCAGCCGACUUCCUACCUGACGUACUUGGACGUCAACAAUCUGUACGGCUGGGCCAUGAGUCAAGACAUGCCGUAUAAGAACUUCAAGUGGUGCAAAGCCGACAUCGACGUUACAAAAGUUCCGGAUGACGCACCAACUGGCUACAUUCUGGAAGUCGACUUGGUGUAUCCCAAUAAUUUGCACGACUUGCACUCUGACUUGCCUCUUGCACCGGAACGUCGAGUACCGCCGGGAUCGAAAGAAGAAAAGUUACUCACCACACUGUUUGAGAAGGAAAAAUAUGUUGUCCACUACAGGAAUCUCAAACAGUAUUUGUCGCUCGGCAUGAAACUUAAGAAAGUCCACAGAGUGCUGAGUUUCAGUCAAUCUGCCUGGCUCAAGCCCUACAUCGACUUGAACACCCAGAUGCAGUGGACAUCCGACUGGCCACGAAAGACAAACAAGUCGACAAGUGGACUGCUCAACCAAACUUUAAGAGCAGAACGAUAUUUACCGAACAACUAG